UAUAUUUUUAUUUUAUCAAUCAAUUUUGAUGGAUAAAUUAAUUAAUCAAGAAAAUUAUAUUGAUGAAGAUAUCAUGGAGCUUAGAAGAGGUUCAUGGACUGUUGAAGAAGAUUAUAUUCUUAUGAAUUAUAUUUCUCAUCAUGGUGAAGGUCGCUGGAAUUCCCUCUCACGUUGUGCUGGUUUAAAGAGAACUGGAAAAAGUUGUCGACUAAGAUGGCUUAAUUAUCUUAGACCAAAUGUUCGACAUGGAAAUAUUACACUUGAAGAACAACUUUUAAUUCUUCAACUUCAUUUUCGUUGGGGCAAUAGGUGGUCAAAAAUUGCGGAACAUUUGCCAGGAAGAACGGAUAAUGAGAUAAAAAAUUACUGGAGAACUCGAGUCCAAAAACAUGCGAAACAACUAAAAUGUGAUGUCAAUAGCAAACAAUUCCAAGAUACAUUACGUUAUCUUUGGAUUCCAAGACUAGUUGAGAGAAUUCAAGCAUCCAAAAUUUCCAAUAAUGAUUCUAGUAGCGAUACUCAACAACCCGUUCAACUGACGAACAACAACAAUAAUAGUAUUUUAAUCACGAGCGUUACACCGGAGAAUUCCAGCGUGGCAACUUCAUCAGAAAACUCUAACCAAGAUUAUUAUCAAGUUAAUCAAAGUGAUCAAUUAUGGUUUGAAGAUUAUCAAGCAAUGGAUCAACAAAAUAAUAUAGAAUUAUGGAUGGACAAUGAAGAUGUUUUUGACAAUUUGUGCAACAUUGAAGACAUUUGGUCCUAAUUAGAAAGUAGUAAUUAAAUUAAAUCAACAACUAUGUUUGAGGUUUGGUAUUUUCUUUUAGAGUAUAAUCAACAAUUGUAAGAAAUCAUAGAACAUUUUUAUCUUUAUUA